AGGAGAGAGGAGCGAACGCGCGGCAAUGGCGGCGGCGCCGGCCCUGAAGCACUGGCGCACUACGCUGGAGCGAGUGGAGAAAUUCGUGUCGCCGCUCUACUUUACCGAUUGUAAUCUCCGCGGCAGGCUCUUCGGAGACAGCUGCCCAGUGGCCGAGCUCUCCAGCUUCUUGACGCCCGAAAGACUUCCCUACCAGGAGGCAGUCCAGCAGGACUUCCGCCCCGCGCAGGUCGGCGACAGCUUCGGACCCACAUGGUGGACCUGUUGGUUCCGUGUAGAGCUGACCAUCCCAGAGGCAUGGGUAGGUCAGGAAGUUCACCUUCGCUGGGAAAGUGAUGGAGAAGGCCUGGUGUGGCGUGAUGGGGAACCUGUCCAGGGUUUGACCAAAGAGGGAAAGAAAACCAGCUACAUUCUGACUGACAAGCUAGGGGAGAAAGACCCCCGGAGCCUGACCCUUUAUGUGGAAGUAGCCUGCAAUGGGCUCCUGGGGGCCGGAAAGGGAUCCAUGAUCGCAGCCCCUGAUCCAGAGAAGAUGUUCCAGGUGAGCCGGGCUGAGCUGGCCGUAUUCCACCGGGAUGUCUACAAGCUCCUGGUGGACCUGGAGCUCCUGCUGGGGAUCGCCAAGGGCCUCGGGGAGGACAACCAGCGCAGCUUCCAGGCCCUAUACACUGCCAACCAGAUGGUGAACGUAUGUGACCCUGCCCAGCCUGAGACCUUCCCAGUGGCCCAGGCCCUGGCCUCCAAGUUCUUUGGCCAACGUGGGGGUGAAAGCCAGCAUACCAUCCACGCCAUGGGGCACUGCCACAUUGACACAGCCUGGCUCUGGCCCUUCAAGGAGACCGUGCGGAAAUGUGCCCGAAGCUGGGUGACAGUCGUUCAGCUCAUGGAGCGGAACCCCGAGUUCAUCUUUGCCUGCUCCCAGGCGCAGCAGCUCGAGUGGGUAAGGAGCCACUACCCUGGCCUGCAUGCCCGGCUCCAGGAGUUCGCCUGCCGCGGGCAGUUUGUGCCCGUGGGGGGCACCUGGGUGGAAAUGGAUGGGAACCUUCCCAGUGGAGAGUCCAUGGUGAGGCAGUUCCUGCAGGGUCAGAACUUCUUCCGUCAGGAGUUCGGGAAGAUGUGCUCAGAGUUCUGGCUGCCAGACACAUUCGGCUACUCCGCGCAGCUGCCCCAGAUCAUGCGUAGCUGUGGCAUCAAGCGCUUCCUCACCCAAAAGCUGAGCUGGAACUUGGUGAACUCCUUCCCGCACCAUACCUUUUUCUGGGAGGGGCUGGAUGGCUCCCAGGUGCUGGCCCACUUCCCGCCUGGUGACUCCUAUGGGAUGCAGGGCAGUGUAGAGGAGGUGCUGAAGACAGUGGCCAAAAACCGGGACAAGGGACGGACCAACCACAGCGCCUUCCUCUUUGGCUUUGGGGAUGGAGGUGGUGGCCCCACCCAGACCAUGGUGGACCGCUUGAAGCGGCUGUGCAAUACCGACGGGCUGCCCAGGGUGCAGCUGUCCUCUCCGGAGCAACUCUUCUCAGCGCUGGAGGGCCACUCGGGGCAGCUGUGCACCUGGGUUGGGGAGCUCUUCCUGGAGCUACACAAUGGCACCUACACCACCCAUGCCCAGAUCAAGAAGGGGAACCGGGAGUGUGAGCGGAUCCUGCAUGACGUGGAGCUGCUCAGCAGCCUGGCCCUGGCCCGCAGUGCCCAGUUCCUCUACCCAGCUGCCCUGCUGCAGGAUCUCUGGAGGCUCCUGCUCCUGACCCAGUUCCAUGAUGUGGUGACUGGGAGCUGCAUCCAGCUGGUGGCAGAGGAAGCCAUGUGCCACUACGAAGACAUCCGUUCCCAUGGCAACACACUGCUCAGUGCUGCAGCUGCAGCCCUGUGUGCUGGGGAGCCAGGUCCCGAGGGCCUUCUCAUUGUCAACACGCUGCCCUGGAAGCGCACUGAAGUGCUGGCUCUGCCCCGGCCUGGUGGGGCCCACUGCUUAGCCCUGGUCACUGUCCCCGGCAUGGGCUAUGCUCCUGCCCCCGCCCCCACCUCACCGCAGCCCCUGCUGCCCCAGCAGCCUGUGUUCGUAGUGCAAGAGACUGACGGUUCUGUGACUCUGGACAACGGCAUCAUCCGAGUGAGGCUGGACCCAACUGGCCGCCUGACAUCCCUGGUGCUGGUGGCCUCCGGCAGGGAGGCCAUUGCUGAGGGUGCCGUGGGGAACCAGUUUGUGCUGUUUGACGAUGUCCCCCUGUACUGGGAUGCGUGGGACGUCAUGGACUACCACCUAGAAACACGGAAGCCAGUGCUGGGCCAGGCAGGGACCCUGGCAGUGGGCACUGAGGGUGGCGUGCGGGGCAGCGCCUGGUUCCUGCUGCAGAUCAGUCCUAAUAGUCGGCUCAGCCAGGAGGUUGUGCUGGACGUUGGCUGCCCCUAUGUCCGCUUCCACACUGAGGUGCACUGGCAUGAGGCCCACAAGUUCCUGAAAGUGGAGUUCCCUGCCCGUGUGCGCAGCCCCCAGGCGACUUACGAGGUCCAGUUUGGACAUCUGCAGCGGCCCACCCACUACAACACCUCUUGGGACUGGGCUCGAUUUGAGGUGUGGGCCCACCGCUGGAUGGAUCUGUCAGAGCAUGGCUUUGGGCUGGCUCUGCUCAAUGACUGCAAGUAUGGCGCGUCAGUACGGGGCAACGUCCUCAGCCUCUCGCUCUUGCGGGCGCCUAAGUCCCCUGACGCCACCGUGGACAUGGGGCGGCACGAGUUCACCUACGCGCUGAUGCCGCACAAGGGCUCGUUCCAGGACGCUGGCGUUAUCCCUGCUGCUUACAGCCUCAACUUCCCCCUGCUGGUGCUGCCCGCCCCGGGCCCGGCGCCCGCCGCCGCCUGGAGUGCCUUCUCAGUUUCCUCGCCCGCGGUCGUGCUGGAGACUGUCAAGCAGGCGGAGACCAGCCCCCAGGGUCGCACGCUCCUGCUGCGGCUGUAUGAGGCCCACGGCAGUCACAGCGACUGCUGGCUGCACACGUCGCUGCCGGUUCAGGAGGCCGUCCUCUGUGACCUCCUGGAGCGCCGCGACCCUGCUGGCCCUUUGCUCCUCCGGGACAACCGCCUGAAGCUCGCCUUUACUCCUUUCCAAGUGCGGUCCUUGUUGCUCGUUCUGCAGCCCCCACCGAACUGAGUCCCUGAGGGUGGGGUUUUGUUUGUGGAAGGCUUUGGCAGCGCCUCAGUUCUGCCUCCUGAGCCUGAAGCAAGGGUCAGUUAUCUCUUAAACAAUAAACCUUUGGCUCAGGAAACCUGCUGGUAGCCCCUGCUCAGUCCCCUCAGGGCCCAUCCUCAGGCUUUGAGGGGACAGUUUUUACCCCAGGUAUUU